AUGGCCACACGAAAGAGAAGCGGUUCAGGGUCUAAAAGGCACUUAAAAGAGAAGGUGGUACAGAUUUACGAGUCAUUCUUUAGAGGAGAAGAUUUAACGACCGAUAAUGCGACAUUCUGGGAUGAGUUCUUUUUGUUAAAGCCUAAGAUACCUCAGUUGGAAGCCGAAAUACACAAACUAUCGUUAGAGCAACUAAUGAACAUGAAAGACAGUAUGAAUCUACUGGUAUCUCAAUGUAUUGAAAUGUUGGGGCAGGAACAUCAUAUCAGAUUAGUCUAUGCUCUACAAACUCUGAGUGCACUACUAAUUACUAUGUAUCAAAGAGCUGCACAAGACUCUAACAUAAAUAUAAAAACAAUUCUGAUUGGAACUGAUGAUGCUGACAGUAAAAUGCAAAAGCUAUUUGAGCAUUGUAGUGUUAUAUUGUCAGGUGAUGUCCCAGACAGUUUAAAGUCAACAGUACUAAAACUCCUUCUAGUUAUAGCUACGGGCAUCGAUAACAUAGAUGAAAAUUCACUAGUUGAAUAUUUUAUGCAAAACUCAUUGUUUGAGCCCCUCAUUCAACUUCUAUGCACAUCCACAGAGAGGCAACAUCAUGGAUAUGAUGUGGUAAUGCUUUUAAUGUUCUUGGUGAAUUACAAAAAACAGGAAUCUGCAAAUCCUUAUGUUGUAAAAUUGUCAAUAUUAGAUGAUGAAUUGGCUUUAAAUGGUUAUGGACAAGUAAUAACGGCUGCGCUGAACGACUACGUAAUGUCGACGUUUGGCGGCAUGCAGGGCGGAGGCGGCGGUGGCGGGUGGCUGUCUUCCCUCACAAGUAUGGUCGGUGGGAUAUUCCUUACCAGUGACGAAACACAACCUGUUGUUAGAGGCCAAAGAAACAGUGGAGGUGAAGAAGGCAUGUUGCUUGCACUAUAUGAGGCAGCUCACUUGAAUCGUAACUUUAUGACGACGCUGGCACACUCGUCUUCGGCCGCUGCUUCCUCGGCUCCUCCUUCACCUCCAGCUACGCUGCCCCCUCAUCAGAGUCCCCCCAAUUUAUCCCAAAUACAAGCCCUUGACAACGAACAACCAACGAAUUUACUAGUCACGUUCUUCCAAUAUUGUUCCAUUGUAAUGGCUGACACAAGGAGUGAAUCCAGUAUAAAUAAAUGUAGUCUUUGUUUCAUUAUCCUUACUUGUAUAGUAGAAGAGCAGUUCGCUAAUUCUAUAAUGCAUGACCAAAAUCUUACAUUUAAGGUCCAGUUGUAUAGGCUACCAAUGCGCCAUAGAAAAAUAGUACUAGAAGAACCACCAUCGCAGCCACUUGCGUCUACUUUGAUUGAUCUGCUGGUCGAGUUUAUUAUGUGCCAUCUACUGAAGAAAUUCCCCGGGGAGCUGUACCAGCUAUGUGUCGGAGUGUUGCUACGACUGUUGAGCUACCAGAAGCGUUGCCGUGUUCGCCUCGCGAGGGACUGGCGGCCUCUGUGGGCAGCGCUCAUAGCCUUGUUGAAGUUCCUAGUUGCUAAUGAAAGCACUUUGCUGAGAAGGCAUAACAUUUUUAUUAUGGCGCAGCAGGUCGUGAAUAUCUUCAACUUGUUUAUCACGUUUGGCGACACAUUCUUACCAACUCCAGCUUCAUAUGACCAGUUGUAUUAUGAACUAAUUAGAAUGCAUCAAGUCUUCGAUAAUCUUUUUUAUAUGGCUUUAAGGUACUCCACGAGUGAUGGUGAAUUCAAACAAGAAGCAUUGCGCUUAGCGAAUUGUCUAGUUAACGUGCGCGCCAUUAUUCAACACUUCUCGCCGAAGAUAGAAGCCUGGCUCGCGUCACAGAACCUGUCCACGCCUAGUGAAGAUCAGUGCGUUCACACACUGAAGUCGCGGCACGAUGGGUCGAUGCGGAGGGGGAACGAGGGUGCUAUCUCGGCGGAAAUGGCUGCUUCGCGACUCCGCUGCCAUUUCGUCGGAAAUGGCUGCUUCGCGACUCCGCUGCUAUUUCGUCGGAAAUGGCUGCUUUGCGACUUCGCUGCCAUUUCGUCGGCAAUGGCUGCUUUGCGACUCCGCUGCUAUUUCGUCGUUUCAUUUGACGUCAAAGUGAAUGAAUCGAUAUGUGUGAAGGAAUAA